CAUUUUUAAAGUUUUAUCAGAUAGAUAUAAUUUAGAUUAAUCAAAAUUAUUUUUCAGAUUUUAUAAAUAUUUAAAAUUGACCCGAGAUUUCAACCAACUGUGCUGGGUACAGCCAGUGCCGAGAACAUGCGGCAGAUCGAAGGUAUCGGAGUGAAUAUGAUGCACCCCUACAAAGAACCUAAACCACCUGCAAGGAAGAAAUAUCCUUGCGACCUUUGCGAAUAUGCUGCAACCCAAAUAUCAUCCUUAAAAACACACAAGGAAAGCAGACACGAAGGCAUUCGUUACUCUUGUGACCAGUGCGAAUAUUCAGCAACAACGGUCGGAAAUCUGAAGAAACACAGAGGGAGUAAACAUGAAAACAUUAGAUAUCCCUGCAACCAGUGCGAGUACUCGGCCACACAGAUGUCAUCACUGAAAACACACAAGAAUAUCAAGCAUGAAGGAAUCAGGUAUCCAUGUCACUUAUGUGAAUAUAGAGCCACAACACAGGGAAACCUGAAGAAGCACACUCAAAGCAAACACGACGCUAUCAGGACCAAACUUGCUGACUCUGUGUACAGUCCAUAUUACGGGGAUAUCGACUCCAAGCCUAUACAGAAAGGGCGAUGGAAUGACGGUGUUCGGUACUCCUGCGAUCUCUGCGAAUAUUCAGCAACAACAGUUGGUAAUCUGAAGAAUCAUAAAGCAAGUAAACAUGAGAACAUUAGAUAUCCUUGUGAUCAAUGCGACUACUCAGCCACACAGAUGUCAUCAUUGAAAACACACAAGAAUAUCAAGCAUGAAGGAAUCAGGUAUCCAUGUCACUUAUGUGAAUAUAGAGCCACAACACAGGGAAACCUGAAGAAGCACACUCAAAGCAAACACGACGCUAUCAGGCAAUGGACUGAAGGUGUUCGGUACUCCUGUGACCUAUGUGAAUAUUCAGCAACAACAGUUGGUAAUCUGAAGAAUCAUAAAGCAAGCAAACAUGAGAACAUUAGAUAUCCUUGUGAUCAAUGCGAGUACUCGGCCACACAGAUGUCAUCAUUGAAAACACACAAGAAUAUCAAGCAUGAAGGAAUCAGGUAUCCAUGUCACUUAUGUGAAUAUAGAGCCACAACACAGGGAAACCUAAAGAAGCACACUCAAAGCAAACACGAAGCUUUUCGAUAUCCUUGCGAUCAAUGCAGAUAUUCCGCCACCCAAAUGUCGGCCCUGAAAGCGCAUAAAGAGGCCCGACAUCAAAGGAUUCUUUAUCAAUGUGAUAAAUGUGAAUUUUCUGUUGGACAGGCCGCGGAAUUGAAAGAACACAAAGAGAUGAAACAUGGACUAGAGCUGAAACAUGUAGUACAAGAGCAAGUUGUUUAUCCUUAUCCUUCGUUCUUCUACUCUCACUAAACCAUGGUAUAUAUGAAUGUAUGAAUAUUUUAUAGACCAAACUUCUCACAGUUUUGCCAAUCCAAGUUUUUAAACGUACUUUGCCAAUUUAAGGACACAUCUUAAUCAUUUCCCCUUUUUUCCUAUUUACAUUGAAGCAAAAGGGAAUGCAUGAAAGUAAGGGUAGUGGAAUAUUUUAUAAAAAAAAGUCAAAAUUUGGCUUACUGAGCAGAGAAAGUCAACCCAUGUUUAAUUGAAUAAAUUAAAAACUGAAUUCUGUGAAUUUUUAAGAAUGUUAUAGUGGGGAUACAUCUCUAUUUUCAUCUUCAACAAAAUCGUUUAAAUAAUUUCUUUUUUUCGGUUUUCUUUUAUCUUAACGGUUGCAUUCGUUUUUCUAAAUCGGUACUGCUUUUGUAAAUAAAGUAAUUUGUUUUUGUAUUUCUUUAAUAUUUCUGUAAUAUUUCUUUCAUAUUUUUGUUAUCGGGCACUUUUUAUGUAGAUAUGCAAAAAAGUGAAGUAGUUAAUACAUAAAACACCUCUCCCCCCCUCUUCUUUUUCUCUCUCUUAAUUUCUAUAUCCUAGUAAAAGUAAUUGACCCCCUUCAACCCUUCCCAAGAAAACAAUUGUAACUACCCCUCCCCAGAAAAAAAAAA